ACGAGGCUACGGUAAAAGGGCAGGGACGUCGUGCGAGGUGCGCGUUGCGCGACGCGAGAUCGUCAGUUUCGCGAUAGACCGCACGAAAAAGGGCCGUCGAGCCUCCGUCGGGGGAAGGCCUGCCGCCGCCGUAGCUCGCGGUCGUCGCGCGCGUCCUGUCGUGGAGUCUCCCGGCCGACCGCGACCGUAACCAGGACUCGGUCCCCCGUCGCCGUCGUCGCCGUCGUCGCCGUCAUCGUCGGCGCCGCCGCCGCUGUCGCCGUCGCCGCGCUGGUGCAGUCGUCGCCUGCCGCGCGGCGGCCCACCAAUCGUUCGGGCGCUCCGAUUCGCCGUUGGGGAAAAAAAAAAAUAACGCGUUCGCGGGCCGAGUUUAGCCGACGGAAGGGCUCGCCACCAGAGAGAGAGGUAAACACGGCACCCCGCGUUCACUGGCGCGCCUCUCUUCGCCGCCCGUCGUUCUUCCCGUUCUUUCCCGUUCCGUUUUCAGUUUCUCCCGCGUGUGAAGCGUGCGUGCGUGCGUGCGUGCGUGCGUACGUGCGUGUGUGUUGUCGGCCGCGUCGCCGUGCCGCGCCGCGCCGCGCCGCGCGAUCGCCGCCGUCACCGUCAAGAUUCCCUCCGCGUGCGACGAUUGAGAUCGAUCAGCAGGUUGAUAAAUCCAGAUUGCGAGUUGUAUCGCGAUUAUUAAAAAUCUACGAUGGCAGUUAGGUAGUCGUGAAAACUGACGUUUGGACAUUAGCGAACUUCGAAGCGCAUUUACAUUUAUUUUGAAGAUGUAAAGAUACAAUCAUAAUGAAGCCACAGAAGAAGGCUGUUGUUGCCAAAAAGGCAACUAAAAUGCCAACAGUCGCCAAGAAACGUCGCACAUUUACAGAGAAGAUCAUGCCGGAAGUAAAGAAGGAGAAGAAAUCAAAGAAAAACGAUAAGCCGGAAGAUUUAAAGCGAAAGAUAGAUAAUGACAAGAAGAAAUUAGAGAAGGUAGAGGAGAGGAAAAAAUUGGAUGACAAAAAGAAGCUGGAGGAGAAGAAAAAGGAACGAUUUGAUAAAUUGGACGAAAAGAAGAAACAAUUGAACAAGGAUAAUGAAAAGAAAUCUGACAAAAUUGACGAGAGGAAGACGGAGAAAAGAGACGACAAGGCAAAUAAUGAGGAAAUGAGCCAAGAGAAUACGGAUAAGAAGAAAUUGCAGAAAUGCGAGGAGAAGACGAAAUUGGAGAAACUAUCGGCGGAUAACAAAAAGAAAAUUGAGAAAUCUGAGGAAAAGAAGAAGAAUGUGAAAUUGGACGAUAAUAUAAGUACGGAGGACAAUGCGAAAUCUUUAAAUACAUCGGAGGAUAAGGACGCGCCUGAAAAUAAGAUUGAUACCAUUCCUCCUAAGAAAAGAUGUAAGGAUGAGAAGAAGAAAGAUGUCAAGGUAAUUAAAUCUGAUAUGAAAUCAAUAUCGAAGAACUCUGUCGUGAAGGAUAAAAAAUCUGAACGGAAGAAAAUUCCUGAGAAGGAUGUGGCGAGUAACAAGAUUUCUUCUCCUAGAACGAAGAAGGAGUCUAAAGCAAAACAAAAUCAGAAGAAGGGCAUUACGAGAAAAACAGUUCUAACAAAAAAGCCUCAUUUAUCGGUAGUUAAAAGGCUGGUGGACAAGAAGAUCAAGUUAGUUAAUCCGGUGAAAGAUGAAGAAAUGAGCGAAGACGAGGACGCGGUUAAGAAAGCGACGAAGAAGAAGAGCAGUAACUUCGCUAAGAAUAAGACUUUGCAGGAGAAGAAACCAAAGCUGGCUAAACACAUGAAAGCCAAAUUGCCUCAGAAACAUUCGAAGAUCGGUGCUGUUCUGAAAAGGGAAGAUAAGUUGAAAACUAUAACGGAAAAGAUUAUGGCCAAGAAGAAAAUUGAAUUGAAGGAGUUUGACCAAGUUUCGACCGAACAUAAAAAGAUCGCGAACAAAGACGAGGCCUGUCUGGGGCCAGAAGUAAGUAACAUUAAGAGCGAGAUUGAAGAAGACAGGGAUUACGACAAGUGCAAAGAGGAGAGUUUUCAACCGAAAUUGCAGGAUAAUAAGAAAGCUAUCAAAAGUGGUAACAAAAUUAGCGGCAAAGCAGCCCCGAAGAAGGCCGGGAAAACAAUAAGGGUACAAACGGAGAGCAAUAAUCAAACGUCAGUUUUAUCUGAGGAUGCGUCGACCGAAGAAUCGAACAGACAGUCCAAAAUUUUCGAAGAUUGCUUAAAGUCUACCGCAAAUUCCAAGCAGGAACAAAUCGGCGCUGAGAAUACGAUUGAAUUGAAUCUGAAGGUUGAGGCAAUGAAUGGUGAGAGUGCCAGUGGCGUUACAUCUCAAUCUGACUCUGAGGGCGAUUCCGACGACGAGUGUAGGAAGGGUAAGCAAAAGGAUACGAGGAACAAAGAGAGGGCUAACUCACCAUCGGACGAACGUGCGCGACGAAUGCGACUUUUUGGCUUUUGGAGUGGACCAAAACGACACAGGGUCGCAUCAUUGAAUGCCUUGGCUAAAGUUCACUGCCUCUACGAAAAUGAGACCGGCGGAGUCUACCUUGGUGGUUUUUGCAAACCGAAACCCGAGAAGGAGAAAGAAAAGGAGAAGCCGAAGAAAAUGAAGGAGGAAAAGGAGGACCAGCCACGUAAGGAGAAGGAGAAGAGAGUUGACUGCAAAACGGAGGAGAACGUUUUGAAAAGAAAGCUGAGAAAUGUGCCGGGACUACGUGGCAAGCAUUGGGAUAUGCUGGAGAGUUCGUCGUCUUCGUCCUCCUCCGACGAGGACUGUGAGAAGGAAAAGAACGCUGAACCAAACAAGAAGAAAAUGAUCAAGAGGAGAAAGAGAAACGAGGAAGUAAUGGACUUGAAGGACAUGGUUGUUUGCAAGAGGAUGGCCAGUCUUAAUGCCACUGCCAUUUUGGCUGCUUCCUACUCCGACGAGAAAAAUCGUUGCGGUAGCAGCAGCGAAUCCUCCUCCAGUGAAUCGGAAGUAGAGAUAAUUAAAAGACGUAGACAAAAUGAUUCAGACGUAGAUAAGAAGAAGUUAAGACAGAGCUCCGAUCCAGAGGAGGUUAUUAAGCCAUCCAAGAAAGUUGUCAUCGUUAACCAGGACACCGACGUCACUAUUACUGGUGUAUACGUCAAUCAAACCCGGUCUACCCAUCACGAAGGUUUUUGCAGUAUUGCCGGUAUGCAGUACAGAAUCAGUUCUACCAGUCACACUCAAACUGCAGCUACCGCGGUAGCUACUGAACUUCACGAUCAGCAAAAACCCGAACAGCCUUGCAAGUCUUACACACCACUCGGUGCAUUGUCUUCUAUGCAGCCACCAGGUAGCCAGGGUAAUCAUCCUAACAUGUCACCACGCAGGCAUUCAGCAUUCUCAGCCCCUCAUCAACACGGGUAUUAUCAGCCGGCUGGUCCACUGAUACAGCACCCACCGCCACCACCACCAACCUUACCGCCCAUUAAGGGCCCACCUCCGGAACCGACACCCACGCCUCCCCAAAACUCGGAGGGUUCGGACGAUCUGGUCGCCACUUCCACGACUUCAGGAGGCACAAGUAGCACGGGUGGAGGCUUUUAUAGGACAUAUUGCCCGCAGUACUACGGCACCCCGCAGUAUCCGGAUCUAUGUUAUCCGCCGACGUAUUCUCAUCCUCACGCUCAUCCGCCACAUUACUACAAAUACCCGCCUUACAGGAGGCAAUACUAUGGGUAUCAAGAGUCCGGUGGGGGUGGCGGACCACCGCCGGGCAGCGGGGCCGCCGGAGGUGGCCCUGGAGUCGUUGAUUACCAGCCACCUCCGCCACCGCCCGGUGAAUAUCCGCUACCACCCUAUUACGGGGGAUAUCCUCCGCCCCCCCAUCCGCCGCCGCCACCUCCUCCGAAUCCGGCAUAUCUGCAUUCUCAGGGAAGACCUUUCGUAGACCCCUUUCAGAGUUGUCCAUGCCCGAUGCAAUCGUGUCCAAAAAACGUGGAUACUGGGGCCCUUAUUGGUAAUGGUAAGGGAGCGCCAGUGGUAUCGGGGCCCGGUCUGUCAUUGCCACCCAGUGCUUUGGUAGGUCCGCCCUCGCCAGCGAGGGGGCUAGCUGGGCUAGCUCCUCCUCAUGGUGCCAAUGCCUGGGAUACGGAUCGCGUCCAAAUCAACACUCAUCGCAACCUAAAUCAGAACCAACCCCCCUCGGUCCCGCCGUCGCACAAUCUAGUUGGUGGGCAUAGUCGCCUUCAGAACCAAGACUGUAGGAGUAAGGACGAGCAAAAUUGUACGGAGGACACGUUGAGGAAAUGUGGUUGUCAGAACGCGUGCACGUCCACUUGCGAGGUCAAAAUAGAAACGUUAUCGCCCACUGAGAAAUUGUCCGUGGCGGCGAGCUGUCCUAGUAACAAGUAUCACAAUUUCAAGCUGGAGAACAACAAUGUCAAAUGCGAGUCCUGCAGUAUGGAGAUCGACGGGCUGCCGUGCGUCGCCAAUUGCAAUGUCGUCAAGUGCGAAUCGGAUUACAAGUGCGACAUCAUGAAGUGCGAGCAAUGCAUGAAGGAGGGACAGAUAGCGAUACUGGAGAUGGACAAGGAUUCCGGUAUCGUGCUCGACGACAAGCUUGACGGUGAUCCCGACGUGAAGGAGGAACUGGACGUAAUUGUGAUCGACAGCGACGAGAACUGGAAAAAGCCCGAUUAUGAGCCGACCGUGCAAGAGACCGUCGACGAUAAGGAGGAGGAUGAGGAGGAAGACGAAGAGGGGGAAGUGGAGGAGGAAGUCAUGCAGAGACCGAUUGCGACCAAGGUCGAGGCCGAAGCCGAGACCGAGGAACAGCCCAAGUGCCAAAAGGUGACGAAGAGGAAGCUCUCGCUGGACAGCUUGUCGGACAGUAGGAAGAAGAGAAAACUGAGCAAGAGGGCUCUGUCGGUGGGCUCGUCUCAGGAUGCAAAUAACGAGGAAUCGGUCAAUGUCGUCGCACCGAUUGAGCCGCUGCCGAAUAAAACCGAUAACGUAAGAGCCGAAACGACCGCUCCGAAGAAGAAGCAGCAGGCGAAGAAGGAAGCAGGAGUUCGGGGUCCAAAGCGCAAGGCGGAGACGCCGAGCGCGAACGAGAGCGCGAACAAGAAGAUGAAGAGCGCCGGCAAGCAGAACGUAGCCAAUUGCUUGAAACGGACCGCCAGUGAUAUUUCGAUAAUGGAGACCAUCGACAAUGUGAUACAGCAAAGUCUGCAGAUGACGCAGAGGAAGGACCGCAAGAGCAAGAACUGCGAGCGCGUGGAAAAGAAGAGAAAGAGCGUCAAAGAGGAAUCGUUGCCGGCAGCGAAGAGGCCCGCGAAGAAGAUCGAUCAGGUGAAGGAGCAAGCUAUUGAGAAGGUGUCAAAGGCAGUUUCGAAGAACGGUCAGGCCAAAAGCAAGGCGGACGCCAAGCCGAAGUUAAAGGCCACUCAAGACGGCAAAGUCAAGGUCGGUAAAGGCAAGAUAGGCAAAAUCGCAGAGGUGAAGGCACAGGAUGCAAAGCCUAGGGCGCAAGAUGUGAAAGCGCGGGAGGGUUCGAUGAAGAAGCGCGAUAACGCGUCCAAGACCAAAGUAAGCGACGUCAGCGAAGAUCUGAAAAAGAAUCCAGCUGUAAUUAAGAAGAGACGGAAGAGCGCGAAAAAGGUGGCGAACGUCAAGAAGUCGGGCUGCAAAGUAGAGAAUUCCUCGCCUGGAAAUGAGAGUCUGACGUUAACGAGAAAAACGUUCCUGAAACCGAAGUGGAACAACGGAUGGAGCUGGGAGGGGGAGCCCUUUGAAGCCAAAGUUUAUCUAACGAACGAAGAAACGGCCAUACGGCGAUGUUACGCGAGUAUGAGUCACGAGAGCGGCGACGUAUUGCGGCCUCGGGAUUGUGUAUUGCUGAAGAGUGGUACGCGAAAGGGUGACUUGCCCUAUGUAGCGAAGAUCGCGGCGCUAUGGGAGAAUCCGGAUGACGGUGAGAUGAUGUUUUCGCUGCUGUGGUAUUACAGACCUGAGCACACGGAACAGGGUCGUACGCCGCACGACAGCGAAGACGAGGUAUUUGCCUCGCGUCAUCGGGAUGCAAACAGCGUCGCUUGCAUAGAGGACAAGUGUUACAUCCUGACGUUUAACGAAUACUGUCGAUAUCGUAAAAACUUACGGAGGAUUGAAGAGGGCUUAGAAAAUCCUGGCUUGAUAGUUCCGCCAGGGGACCAAGUGUAUCCAAGGGAGAAUCGGCAACCUCCUAUACCCGUACCAUCAGACAUGGUGCUCUUCUGCCGACGUGUUUACGACUAUCGUGGGAAAAAGCUCGUGAAGAACCCCGGAUGACUCGAAUUCCUGUAAGAUGUAAACCGCAGGAAGCUUAGGUCACACAUUGAAACUGGCCGCAGGUCUCCUUUCAAGCGUAAUUGCGUCGCUGUUGAUCGAUUUGUCUUGAUUUCAAGGAAUGACAAGAUCCAAUUGUCUUUAUAGCGAGAUAUUAUCCGAUUUCGCAAGCACACACAGCCUCUACUUCUUCCAUUUUUCGAGACGUUACGUUUUAUCUGUUUGUUAGAAGAACAACUUUUGCAUGGAGAAAUUCUGUGUCCAAAGCUGUUAAGAGAAAGUGAAAAAAAUAGAGGUACGCGAGUGUUUCAAGAACAAUUGGAUCUUCUUCUAUUCUUAAACGUAGGAAGAUUCUUAGAAUAUCGCAUGAAAGAAGAUUCGCAGAAAAAAA